AGGUGGACCGUAGCCUAGAGACAGGUGGACCGUAGCCUAGAGACAGGUGGACCGUAGCCUAGAGACAGGUGGACCGUAGCCUAGAGACAGGUGGACCGUAGCCUAGAGACAGGUGGACCGUAGCCUAGAGACAGGUGGACCGUAGCCUAGAGACAGGUGGACCGUAGCCUAGAGACAGGUGGACCGUAGCCUAGAGACAGGUGGACCGUAGCCUAGAGACAGGUGGACCGUAGCCUAGAGACAGGUGGACCGUAGCCUAGAGACAGGUGGACCGUAGCCUAGAGACAGGUGGACCGUAGCCUAGAUACAGGUGGACCGUAGCCUAGAUACAGGUGGACCGUAGCCUAGAGACAGGUGGACCGUAGCCUAGAGACAGGUGGACCGUAGCCUAGAGACAGGUGGACCGUAGCCUAGAGACAGGUGGACCGUAGCCUAGAGACAGGUGGACCGUAGCCUAGAGACAGGUGGACCGUAGCCUAGAGACAGGUGGACCGUAGCCUAGAGACAGGUGGACCGUAGCCUAGAGACAGGUGGACCGUAGCCUAGAGACAGGUGGUAGGUGGAGGCACUGAUCUAAGAUCAGCCUCCCUACCUUUCCCACCAGGGGGGAAAAGCCUAACUGAUCAUCCAUCAGAUUUCAGGGGAAACUCCAUUCUGCUCUUUCUCUAACAUGAACCAUGCGGAACCGAGCGGACCGGGUCUGGGCCGAUAAAUCACAGGGUGUCGGAACACACUGCACCUAGACGACAGAUCUUCCUUGACUCACAACGGAAGAAACACCGAAGAAGUCAAGAUUUCUACCUGAAGACCAUGUCUCUGAUGCUACUGCUGCUGCUGCUACUGCUGGUACUGCUGUGCCAAACCAUGGUGUUACCUGGACCCUCAGCGUCAGACCCCUGUGUUCUGGAACUAGAGGAGUUGAGACGUGAUGUCCGUACUCUGCAGAACAAACUGUUGAUCGGGGCGUGGCAGCUCACACACCUCAAGACACACAGCUACACCAUCACCCAUCCACCACCCAGCACGAACCAAACAGAGGAACACAGGACAGGGGCCCUAGCUUCCCUUCCUCCAGCAGGAAGCCUCAUCGUACAUGACAAAGACUGCUCUGAGCUGUUUGACAGACGGAGGCCAGGCUCCGGGUUUUACCGGAUCAGACCUAGAGUGGAUCAGGAGCCGGUCCUAGUCUACUGCGACAUGGAGGAUGGAGGGGGAUGGACCGUUAUUCAGCGACGAAGACACGGGAGGGUCGACUUCAACAGAGACUGGGUGGACUACAGAGACGGGUUUGGAGACUUUAAGCUGUGGAACGAUGAAUUCUGGCUGGGCAAUGAACACAUCCAUUCUCUGGUGAAAGAUGGUGAGAACCUGGUGAAGAUAGAUCUGAUGGACUGGAGUGGAGAGAAGACUCACGUCUACUACCAGAAUUUCAGGAUCACAGAGGAGAAGGAUAGCUAUCGUCUACGGAUAGCUAUCGUCUACGGUACGGUGUGUAUAGUGGUCUUGGAGGGGAGGCUAAUCGUCUACGGUAUGGAUAGCUAUCGUCUACGGUAUGGUGUGUAUAGUGGUCGUGGAGGGGAUGCUUUAUCUGGAGGAGGGCGGAUGGUGGAGCAGUGGUCUGCCUCUCUCAGUGGGAUGCAGUUCAGCACCAGAGACCAGGACCAUGACCGCUAUCUACAGGGCAGCUGUGCCCAGGAGAACAGAGGAGGGUGGUGGUAUAACAGGUGUCAUGCAGCCAACCUGAAUGGGAAGUUCUACCGCGGCGGAGUCUACAAGGGUCUCUAUGACAACGGUGUGGUGUGGGGCACCUGGAGAGGCCUGUGGUACUCCCUACGACACACCACCAUCAAACUACGGCCCCUGCUCUCCCUGGACAGCCUGGCAGGCAGUGGAUCAGGGCCCGACGGGUAGAGACUCCAGGAAACUCCCAGGCUUCAGCCAGCGCUAGGCCUCAACACAUGGAGCCAAUCAACCACCGAACCACCUGCAGUAGAAAGGAUUAGAGGCAACUAGUCAGGCUUUAAAAAACAUUUUGUUAAAACAUAUUUUCAUUUAUUGCUUGUUAUUUUCACAUCUUUUGUCAAAUUCUUUGUAAAUAUAUCAAAUAUUAGUAGGACUUUGUCUUUCCAGUUUCCUAGUAUAGUUGAGACAUUAAGCUCACAGCAGGGGAAUUAUAUAGUUCAGACGUAUAUGAUUUGAACUAAAUGCAAUCAUGCAAUAAUAAUA